AACAAAAUGAAGAAAGUUUUGGAGGAUCUUAUAUUAAUGUAAAAAGGAAUAAAAUAAUCAUCAUGAUAGUAGAUGAAACAAAGAAGGAUAUUAUAUUAAAUUCACCUGAUAUACAACCGCAUAGAGAGUUAUUAAUAUUUGAACCAACACUAAAUUCUCUGUCAUCCUUAAGAAACGCGUCACUGCAAAUAGUCGCAAAAGCACGUGCGCAUCAUCCACUUGGCGUAUUGAUAUACAUUGAUAUUGAAGAAAAUAACAUUGUCAUAUUUCUAACUCAUAUAGCUGAUGAAUUUAAUAAACCGUUUAUAGACGUUAUCAAACAAUAUAACCCUGUUAUACGUUAUUACGAUUUGAACGUGCAAGAGCAACCUUCUAGAAAACGACCUCGUAAUUCGAUUGACACCAAGCGUGAUAUAAAUCGACAAAUAAUAAAUGGAGAUAUUAUAUAUCAUUUACGUCUCAAAACUAUAUGUACAGCAGGCUUUUGGGUAAUAGAUAACGAACUAAAUAAUUAUAUUGUAACCGCAGGACAUUGUAUUGAUACUAAUAAUACAACUUUUGGUCAUAAUACUUUUUAUAUGAAGCCGUUGAACUCUUCUGAAAGAGAUAAAGGAUUGAGGUUUCGUGAAGAAGAUACAAUUGGGCCAAUGGUGUUUCAUGAUUUGGAUGGAACUGAUUUUGGCUUAAUCAGAAUAACAAAUGGAGAUAUCAAACCGACAAGAGCGAUAAGAAAUACAGAUUCUGAUCUAUAUAGACAACUAUUUAUAAGUGAUGCUGAAAUUAUAUCGACCCAUGGUGCUCACUUAUGUAAAUCUGGUGCGACUACAUUUGUUACUUGUGGAUACAUAAAAUCAUUCGAGGGUUAUUCUUUAAAUGGUGAUGAUAUUUCCGAUGAUUUGAUUGUUACAAAUUUUGUUGCUACAAAAGGUGAUAGUGGUAGUCCUGUUUUCUAUUUACGAGAUUUACCUUAUGUGAGUUUACAUGGCAUUGUCAUAAAGGGUGUAAACUCUAGAGAAUGGGGAUAUUUGGCUUUUAUUGUAAAAGCAGAAUAUAUUAUUAGUGCAGCUGAUAUAGAUCUUGAAUUUGGUG